CAAAAACGGGAGGGAGCUCAAAUUUGACUCACUAUCUAAAAAUCUUUGAAAAUGCGGUGACUGAAGUGCAAAGCAGAACAGAUACUGCAGGAUAUCAUCACGUCAUUUUUGGAGAUUGCUCAGCCUCAACAUUGUGGGACAAUGAUUACUGGACGAAAUUGCCGCAAUUCAGAAACCUUUCGGAACCUCUAUAUACAAAUGCUGACUACAUACAUCACUUGAAUCCAAACACAAAAAUUAUUGCCAUGUUAAGAAAUCCUGUAGAAAGGUUAUACUCAGAAUAUUUGUAUUUUCGACAUGGCACCCCUCAAUUGUUCCACCAACGUGUGAAAAACAUUAUCAGGGAAACUUAUGAUUGCUUAAAAUUCAACACUCUUCGCCAUUGUUUAUAUACACCUCAAACAAGUAAUGAGAUAAGACUGCGGAUCGGGGUUUAUCAUCAGCACUUAAAAGAAUAUUUCCGUGUUUUCCCACGUAAUCAAGUGAUGGUUAUCAAACUUGAAGACUUUUCAAAUAAUACCGUCUCCUAUAUGGAAAAUGUAUUUUCAUUUUUGGACAUAUCAAAACUAAACAGAACAUUUUUACAAAAGAUUUCGGAUCCAAGUCAGCAUGCUAAUAAAAGAAAGGCUAAGGAGAGAAAGAAGGGCGAAAUGUUACCAGAAACCAGAGAGAUGUUAGAGAAUUUUUACCGUCCACAUAAUUACAUUUUGGCAAAAUUGCUCGGAGAAAUGUUUAAUUACAACUAAUUUUUGUGUUAGAUUUAUAAAUAUAUUAAGAGUGAGUUUUAUGGGCUACAUGCUUAUUUUAAUAAUGCAAACAUGACAAAUUCCAGUUUGCUAUUUUCAUUUAUGAUAAGAUAACAGAUAAAAAUAACUUAAUUAGUAUCUAUUUCUUACAAAUAUUUCAAGCGCACGAUUUAUUUUGUUUAUUAACAAAGAUCGGUGAUUUUUUUACUAAUAUGAUAAUGUUAAUAAGUUGCUGUGUUUUUCUAAUCACUUUAAUGUUAACAAUGAACAAUUGAAAUUAUCGUCUGCAGUAUUGAGGCAAACAGAAAAAAAAACAAGCCAAAUAGCCUCGCGUUAGAAAAAGGGAAACAACACAAAACGAUUUACUGUGCUUUAACAUUGAAAUACUACACUCAAAAGGCGACAAUAAAGCGCUUAACAAGAAAAUAUGGGUUUGAAAUGUUUCACU